UUUGUGCUUUGAUUGAUUAUAGUAGAGAAAGGGUUUGUUGGGAGCGAAUGGGGAAACACCUGAAAGGUUUGAGUUGUUGGUGUAAGUGUGACUUCACGUGCUUACCUUCUUCCUCCAAUUCAAUUAGAUGAAACUGAAACCUUGACACCUCUAUUUAAGACAAACCUAGAAAGAAACUACUCACUCACUUACAACCAAAUAAAAAGCUUUAUUAAAUUGUUUUGGAUUGUGGGUAUCAAGAUCUUCAUCUUCUUCAUCCAAUUCUUGCUUUGAUCUUUAUAAAAAGUGAAGCCAUGGAAGCCCAACCGACAGCUCCGAAGGCCGCAUGUGUUGUUGGUGGCACCGGCUUCGUGGCGGCGACGCUCAUCAAGUUGUUGCUUGAGAAAGGCUAUGCGGUCAACACCACUGUCCGCGACCCAGGCAAUCAGAAAAAGACCUCUCACCUUCUAGCACUAAAGGGUUCAGGCAACCUAAAAAUCUUCCGAGCAGACCUCACCGAUGAACAGAGCUUUGACACCCCUGUAGCGGGUUGUGACCUGGUCUUCCAUGUCGCUACACCGGUCAACUUUGCUUCCGAGGAUCCAGAGAAUGACAUGAUAAAACCAGCAAUUCAAGGAGUAGUCAAUGUUCUAAAAGCUUGUGCAAAAGCAGGAACGGUUAAACGUGUCAUUUUAACAUCAUCAGCAGCUGCUGUAUCGAUCAAUAAGCUCAAUGGGACCGGCCUGGUCAUGGAUGAGAGUCACUGGACUGACACCGAGUUUUUGAAUUCUGCGAAGCCGCCCACUUGGGGGUACCCUUUAUCGAAAACACUAGCUGAGAAAGCUGCUUGGAAGUUUGCCGAAGAAAAUAACAUUAAUCUUAUCACUGUCAUCCCAACUCUCAUGGCCGGUCCGUCACUUACUGCAGAUGUCCCUAGCAGUAUUGGUCUUGCCAUGUCCUUGAUCACAGGGAAUGAAUUUCUCAUAAAUGGGUUGAAAGGUAUGCAAAUGCUGUCAGGCUCAAUCUCCAUCUCCCACGUGGAGGACGUUUGUCGUGCCCACGUGUUUGUGGCAGAGAAAGAAUCGGCCUCUGGUCGAUACAUUUGUUGCGCUGUCAAUACCAGUGUUCCCGAGCUAGCCAAGUUCCUCAACAAAAGAUAUCCAGAGUACAAUGUCCCUACUGAUUUUGGAGAUUUUCCAUCAAAAGCGAAGUUGAUCCUCUCGUCUGAGAAGCUUACCAAAGAGGGAUUCAGUUUCAAGUAUGGGAUCGAAGAAAUUUACGAUCAAUCUGUGGAGUACUUCAAGGCUAAGGGGAUUUUGAAGAAUUGAAAGCAUUAAUAGUGUACCUAUUUUGGCUAUUUAAAAAAAAGGCUGUGUUAUUAUUGUUCACUUGACGAUGUGGUUUUGCUUGGUUUGCUUGUAUGCAUAAAUAUAUAAUAAUUAACAAUAUUUGGUUUUGGAGAUCA